UAUGUACAUACUAUACUGACAAGAAAGUAAUCGUUUGUGGUCAUCCCUAGUAUGUAUCGUUGUGCACAUGCAUACUAUAAACUCCAUAAAUUAUGUAUAACUUUCUCUUGACCACUUAAUGUCAAGUUUGAGGAAGUUUGUCAACGGAGCCGUGAACUUGAAGGGGCACCUCCAACCACUACAGGUAACAAACUCAUUAUUUUCUAUGACAUUUUUGUUAAUUGAUCACUUACAUAUAAGUUCUAUUUUCUUGCGGACUUGGUUCUACGAGAAAUUCCACAUUGAUCGUAUCAUUUCCUAUUUUCAACAUGACAAACCGCUUAUCCUAGAUUGUAAUGAAGCAUAAGUGGGCAAGGUCAGACAAAAUAAUCUCAAAGAACUACGUAUAAGGGCCUCUUUGAUUUACAGGAUUUUGAAAAUGUAGGAAUAGGAAAAGUAUAGGAUUGCAGUGGCAUGUCAACUUGAAUCCUAUAGGAUUAGCAAAGAGUGUUUGAUGUCACAUGAAAAACAAAGGAAUUGUAAAAAAAAGUUGGAGUGGAUGUUAGAUUUCCUAUGAAAUGUAGUACAAAAGAUUCCAUAGGAUAAAUUCCUAUGGGAUCCAAUCCUAUGAAUCAAAGAGCCGAUAUAGAAAAAAUUUCUAAGGAUUUCAAUCCUCCAAAAAUCCUAAAUAAUUCCUUUGAAUCAAAGAAGCCCUAAGAUUGAGAGGUACUCCCUCCGUUCCAAAAUAGAUGACUACAAAGUUGAUUCAUCUAUUUUGGAACGGAGGGAGUAUAUGCUUAGUGUUACCUGUUGUAAUCUAUUCGGCUUUCACAAAAAUAAUUCAUAAUAAAUAUUUUUGCAAAUAGUUGAGGACCUCAUGCUACCAUGGAAGACAUUGGCCAAGGUUUCUUAUCAGCCUUCAAAGUCAACUAUAGAACGAUUCUUCAAAGUCAACUAUAGAAUGAUACUAGUCAAUAAUGUUUUUUAGGUUGAAACUAAUUCUUUCUAAAUAUCUUUUUUUAAACUGGUUCUAAUUUUUCUUAAAUUGUAGCUUGAUGGACACCAGGCUGCCUAGUGGCCCAGAUGAUAGAGAUGAAAGUACUUAUCUCCGCAACAUUCGGAGAUGUCUCCACAACUAGAUGAAAUAGUGCGGUGCCAGAAGAAAACCAACAGCAUUUGGAGUGUCUAAUUUCUCGAUUCAACGUAAGCAUUUGUUUUUAUUACAAUUCAUUUUUCCAAAUAAGUGCAUGACCAACAUCUUUAUUAAAAAGACCAUCGAUUUGGUGUAUGACACAACUUUGAUGCGGCAAAGAAAUCAAAGAUAGUAUGUCACAAAAUUUGUAACUUUUCUCUUCAUGUCACAAAAAGUAUGCUAACCAUUUAUCUUUUGAACGUACAAAUUAGAAAACCUCAAAAAAUGUAGCCGCUUCCCCAGCAAGAACGGUAUGAAGUUCCAUAUUGCUUGCACGUUUUUCUUUCCCAACCAUACAACUACGUUCAUCUUUACAAAAGGUAAAAUAAAUAUCUGUGGACCACCAAAGGGAAAAAAUUGAGAGGAUGUCGUGUAAUCAAUUGGGAACCAUUUCAGGUAUGGGAGCAAGAACUUAUCAGCAGAAUAUGAGGUCAACGAUUGUCUCGUAAAUUUGUUGACCUCAGGCUCUGCCGGUAAGUUCUUACUGUCAUCACACGUGAAACGCUUCCCAAUUGAUUCCACAGGGUCGUGUUUUUCCCGGUCCAUAGAUGUUUGAUUUACCUUCUGUAAAGAUGGACACAAGUUAGCUGUAUGGUUGGAAAAAGAACGCGCGGGCAAUAUGGAACUUCAUACCUCAAAUUUUGUUGCAAAGUUCUUGCUGGGGUGCUGUAGACACUUUGGAACUUCAUUUGUAGAGGCGGCUACAUCUUUUGAGGUUUUGUAGUUUACACAUUCAAAAGAUAAAUGGUCAGCAUACAUUUUGUGACAAGAACAGGAAAAUUAUAAAUUUUAUGACAUGUUUCUUUGUCAACUCUCUUUCCCGCAUCAAAGUCGUCGUGUCAUAUGCCAAAUUGAUGAUCUUUUUAAUAAAAAAAUGUUAGUCAUGCACUUAUUUCAAAGGAUGAAUUAAAAAAAAUGCGCACAUCCAACCACAUGAUGUUUUCCUUCUAGGGUCGUACUAUUUCGUUCAGUUGUGUAGUCGUCAACGAAUGUUGAUGAGACAUAAUUGCUUUCAUCUCUGCCAUAUGGGCGAGUAGGCGGCCUAGUGUUCCAUCGAGCUACAAGUGAAGAUGAAUUAUAACUAUUAUUUUUAAAAAGAUUUAGAAAGAAUUAGUUUUGGCCUAAAAAACAUUACUGACUAGCAUCAUCCUACAAGUUAUAUAACACGUACCUCCAUAUCUGACUUUGAAGGUUGAUGGGAAACCUUGGGCCAUGCCUUCAAGGUCGCAUGAGGUCCUCAACCUUCUGCAAAAAUAUUUAUUAUGAAUUAUUUUUGUAAAAAUGGAUCAGAUUACAACAAGUAACACUAAGCAUAUACCUCUGACUCCUAUGUACUUAUCUGAGAUUAUUUUGUUGACCUUGCCCGCUUUUGCUUCGUUCUAGUAUUGGAUAAGCGGUUUGUCACGUUGAAGACAGGAAAUGGUAUGAUCAAUGUGGUCGACUCGGAAUUUCUCGUAGAACCAAGUCUGCAAGAGAAUGAAACUUAUAUGUAAGUGAUCAAUUAACAAAAAUGUCAUAUGAAAUAAUGAGUUCGUAUUACCUGUAGUAGUGGGAGGUUCACCUCCAAGUUCGCGUCUCCGUUGACAAACUUACUCACACUUGGCAUUAAGUGCUCGAGAGAAAGUUUUGCAUAAUUUAUGGAGUUUAUAGUAUGUAUGUCCACAACAAUACAUACUAUGUGGAUGACCACAAAGGAUCACUUUCUUGACAUUAAGGGAGGGAAGCUCGUGAAGGGAGAUGCUACCCCGUCUAGUUUUUCUCGUGUGUUCGAACCAGUCUUUGUGCAUUGCAUUUCACCACUUCACAGGGGUAAGACUUGGUUCCUAUAAUCUCUCCCUAGACCCUACCUUGUGUGGGAGCUUAUGUGCACUCGGUCUGUCCUUUUCAAGAUUUGGUGAUGGGCACAAAGAAACAUCACCUAUGGAUGAGCUGGCUUGGCUAAAGCCUUAGCCUAAGCUGAAAGCUACUCUUCCUAAUGGAUGAGUCCUCGUUUUGUGAAACAUGUUCUUGCUGGCCUUUGCUUGUACUAACUAAUGCAUCUAUUCUUUGCCCCCAUCAAGGUUUAUUGGGUAUUACAUCCUCUAUAACAAAAUGUAUGAUGUUUUUUAUGCCCUAUGCAAAACCAAAAAAACGCCUUACAUUAACAUAUAAGUUGUUCAGGUUGAUCAAGCGUAAAAUAGAUUGACGUAGUGAUUAACUAAAUGGCCGUAUAUAGAUGAAAGGAAGGAGUGUGCUGAAAGCUUAAUUAACAUGUUCUUCCUGGCCUCUACUGGUCCUCCCCUGACAAGCUCAUGCUGCAAGCCGCCGUGAGUGUGUCAAUGACAUUCUGACAUUCUGACUACAUCUGAUGAUGGCUACACGAAUGCCUUGUGUGAUAGGAUCAAGAUCUCUUUAUCUAUGGCAUGACAAGCUAGAUAGAUUGUUGUCUGUACUAACAUCUACACCCUCUGUUCCUAAAUAUAAGAUGUUUGGCCAGUUCAAUUUACAUUUAUAAACAGAGGUAAUACAUAUUUACACUGAAUUGUUUUGCUCUCUUUUGUUACAUCUUUUCGGUUGUAUGAACACUUAAUAAUUAGUAUAUGGACUAGCGGAUUCUCUUUGCACCGUUGUUCUAUGCAGGGAGGGAGAUAUAAACGUGAUUGGUUUAUUCAUACUUGAGCUAGCAUUUUCAAAUAGUAUGAUGAAAUAAAAUUUUCAAAUACUUGGAACAAGCAAAUUACAGCCACUUCUGUCGUAACCGCAGCCCAAACAAACGAGGCUCAAGUAUGCUAGAAGCUAACUUAGCUUUAGCGAAAGUUCUGAGAAUAUAUAAAGACCUGCUGUGUUCUUGGUCGUGGAAGCGACGCGCACGAAAGCAUCGAUCUUUGCCGUGCGCAUGUAUGUCCCAGGUUGCAGCAGCAGGGAUUCUUUUAUGCACCGUACGGUACGGGCGGAUGAUGUAUGCACACCCUCAAACCAGAGAAAACGCCCAUGGUUUAUUCCCAGGUGAUUCUAAUGAUCCUUUUGGUUAUGUGGGUGUGUUUGUUCUCAAUCAUGAUAUAGUUCUAACGUAGUAAACUGUAUGAUGAUGAACCUUCCAAUUAGGCUGGACAUACAAUGUGCCUUUGUUUUCCAUGAGGUAUGUGGGUUUGCAUGUUGGCAUCAUUGGAUGACGCUCUUCUCAACCGAAACCUUAGAGGGCACACGUUCGGUCUUUGUUGUGGCGUCGUGCAGUACCUCAGCCUUCUCAUAAGAAACUGAGACGAGCCUAUUAGAUAUGGACUAAAAGAGGGGCAAUAUGUACAAGAAGUCACAUUUUUUUUAAGGUAACAUGGCAAGCUCUACAAGCCCCAAGACCGCCUGUUUUGAAAUAGGGCAUUCUCAAAGCAGGAUGUUAUAACUAACAUAGCUUGCAAAAACGUUUUACAUUGUGGGACAGAGGGAGUAGUUCUCAAAAUAUAAGUCCAUCAUAAGAUGGAUGCUCUUCCUAGCCCCUUUGCUUGUCGAUCGUCCAAUUCUGAGAAUAAUUAAAGACCCGGGCACAUGGAGAAGUGCCUAGGAAUCCAGCUCAAGCAGAUGUUGCCCAAGGCUUUGUGCACACUGCACACAGGCAGCAUCGAUCCAUGCCUUGCCUCUUACCCUGACUGAAAUUCUGUCCCACAUUGUGGCACACGCAUGCCAAAACUGGCAGUACAAAUACCACAAACAUAAGAGCACAAUGCAAACACAUGUGCCAGCCACCAGCGUCUUCCUGAGGAGGGGGGCGGGGCUAUGGUGCUGCUGUCGCCGGUGAGCCGGGCUGCCGCGGCAAUGUACAACUCCAGCGCCCGCCGCGACAUCAUCAUCAACAAUGUCACGGUGUGUGCCACCCCGGCGGCCACGCUGGUGGCCAGCUUCACGGUGUCCGCCGACAUGCGUACCACGGAGCGGCUCAUGGUCACCACAACGGUCCUCAUGACCAUGCUCGGCACCGCCCUCUUCCUCCUUGGAGUUUCGGGACGCCUCUCGGGCCGGGGCCGCGGCCACUCUACCGCCACCCGCAUAUUCUUCCGCGCCUCCUUCGCUCUCUUUCUCCCCUUCAUGUCCUACAUGUUCUCCCAGGCCAAGAGCAAGCCACCCGACACCGGCAACCAACCCCGUGCGCAACUCAUUCUCCUCUGGAUGAUCCUCGUCGAGCUCCUCCGCAAGAAGGUCUACGCCAUGGUUGCCCCCGCCACCGAUGCCUUCGCGCGCGGCGUCGGCCGCUACAGCUUCUUUGAUGCCGUCGAGGAGGCUGCACGCAUGGCGUGGAUUGGGUACCUCAUCUACACCUACGUGCAUGGCUUUGGCGUCAAGUCCUUCUUCAUCAUCCUCUGGAUCUUCAGCGUCGUCAAGAUGUGCAAGCGCUCCAUGUGCAUCUACCUUGCUAAGCGCUCCUUCGACCUCGCGAAGAACGCCGCCCUCAUCUCCGGCUACAUGGUGCAACUCGUCAACAAGCGUCGGCAAUUGCUCUGUGAUGACGAACACGCAGUUGGCGCCGGUAUAAUGAGGGUUUGCAACUACGCGGUCAUGGGAGAGAGACGGCUCAAGAGGGAGGUGACACCCCAUGGCUUCAAGAUCCAAGAAGAAGAAAUCAACAAAAUUCUCCUUGGAGAUGGAAGUCCAAAUGGGAAGGAAGAGGUCAAAAAGUCCGAGCUGGUCCGGGUAUGUAACAUAUGGGACCUCGCCAAUAGUGACCCCAUAUUCAGGUACAAUUUGAGUAGGAAGCACAAGUUGGAGAACAUUUGCCUUGCCGUCGCACUCUUCAAGCUGCUUCGACGAAAGAUGGAGCACUUCCACAUGGCAGAGGCGGACACCCUACAAGCGCGCGAUCUCGUCCUCCGGGGACUCCUCGCCCUCGAGGGGCACGAGGACGAGGUUGCCAAUGCUGAGAGGGCUUUCGAGGUGGUGGAACUGGAGCUGAGGUUUCUAGACGAGUACUACCAGGCCAUCAUCCCGUUGGCAUUGUCCAAGCCAGGGCUAUUCAUAGCCAACUUUGUCAUCUCCAUCGUCUUCAUCUUUUUAUACUGCAUCACCGUGCUCCUCGUCACAGGCAAUGGCCACAUCUUCAAGGUGCUAGGCUCCCUCUUUCGGGGGCUCAUCGGCCUGUCGAUCGACAUGGUGGUGCAGUACAAGUGCUUUGUCCACCAAGUGAACUUCCUCUUCGGCAUGGUUUGCUCCUCCUCCGACCUCAUCGUCACCUUCCUCCUCACGCUCACCCUCCUCGCCGUCGAGGCAUAUGAAUUCUUGCAGUACGUGCUCUCUGAUUGGUUCAUUGUGUCGGUGAUGUACACCUAUGCCCGAAAGACAAUGCUCCAGCAGAAGGGGCAUGCCGGGAGGGUCGCCAAGGGCACGCUAUGGGCGAAGCACCGCUCCCACGCCGUCAUCAAGGUCCACCAGAUCACCAUGCUCAAGCCCCACUAUCUCGACCCGCGUUGGGUGUGGAUGCUCGUUUCCCGCCUGCUCAAGAGGCGCCUCGUCGGGCUCCCCGAUGCCAUCGUCACCGGUGACACAAAGGCGGCCAUCGUCAAGGCGUUGAAGGACGUCCUCACCCCAAGCUGCGGCAGACACUUCAGCAACGGCAUGGCUACGUUGGAAAGGCAACGCUUCCUUAACCUCAAGUGGGCAUGCGACCCCAAGAUGAGCACCGCAACAAUGAUAGUGGUGUGGCACAUCGCGACGGCCCUAUUUGAGAUGAGGGACAAACAGAAGCACCCUCUCCCACCACACGGCCAGGCUGCCCUGACGUUGUCGAGGUACUGCGCAUACUUGGUGGCCUACGAGCCGGGGCUCCUCCCGGACAAUGAGGCAUGGACGAAGAAGGUGUACAAGGACAUCAAGGGGGAGCUCAGUAGUUUCUUCCAGAGCUGUUGCAAUACUGGUGACCGCCGUGAGCGUCUGGUGAAGUUCGGUCAAGGAGAAGAGGACGAGCAGAAGUCGGCCAUGGUGAAGGGUGUCAAGCUGGGGAAGCAGUUGGAGGCCACUAGCAGUAGCGGUGGUGACUUGCUUGAGGACGAGAGAGUGUGGGGGAUGCUACUCGAGUUCUGGGCAGAACUUCUCGUGUUCGUGGCGCGCAGGCCAUCGGCGGGCCCGGAGGCGCACGCGCUGGCACUGAGCAACGGCGGCGAGUUCAUCACCCACAUCUGGGCCAUGCUCACCCACGCCGGCGUGCAUGUCCCCAAGAACCACCACGAGGACCAGCCAAGUGAGGUUGUCCGUCUCUCGCUCGCCCGAUCUCUUCCUCCUGCCUUCCCUCUCGUCUAUUUCAUGGCGAACAACAAGGAUGCCGAGCUCGAGACACCACUUCUCAUGCCGGAGGAGGAGGAAGGAGGACCAACGGCCCCGUUGCUGGAACAAGGAUCACCGGAGCUGACACCACGUCCACGGCUCCCACCACCCAAGUUUGGGGAGCUCAUCACGGUGUUGAGCAUCGAUGGCGGCGGGAUACACGGGCUCAUCCCGACGGUUGUCCUCAAAUGCCUCGAGGAAAAGCUCCAAGCGAUUGACGGGGAAGAUGCCCGGAUAGCGGACUACUUCGACGUGAUCGCAGGCAUGAGCACGGGCGCCAUCAUCGCAACAAUGUUGGCGGCGCCAAACACGAACAAACGGACAAAGUACACUCCUCGGGAAAUCCAGGAUUUCUAUGUCAACAACGGACCUAAUAUCUUCCCUUCCAAGAGGUGGUGGCGGCGGCCGCUGGACCUGCUAAGCGCGUCGCGGGGGCCCAAGUACGAUGGCACGUUCCUGCAGAAAAACAAGAUCAAGGAAGUCAGCGGUGAGCACACCCUGAGCAAGCUCGCGGCGCCUACGUUCGACGCCAAUAGUCUCGAGCCUCUCACCUUCUCCUCGUUCCAGGAUGCCAAGCAAGAACUAGUUGAAGAGGCCGGACCAGAACUGCCGGAUGUCAGCAUUGGCCCGCCAUCGACGGCCACGCCAACCUACUUCCCAGCACACUACUUUGAUAUCUGGGUCAGUGACAUGGAGCAGUCGAAAUACCACCUCAUCGACGGCGGCAACAACCCCACAAUGGCUGCCAUAUCCAAGAUCACCAGGGAGCAGCUUCUCAGGAAUCCGGAGUUCCACCCCAGCGGCGUGGAUUAUAUGAAAUACCUGGUUAUCUCUGUAGGCGCAGGGUGUGCAGUGCACGAAAAUGUGCCGGCCAAGCGGGGCGCCUUCAACUGGUUUCACAGCAGGCGCAAUAGCCACCGCCCGGUCACCGACACCUCCUCGCACGCCAGCGCCGUGUUGGCCGACUGGCAGGUUCGCAUGCUCUUACACAAUGGCAACCGCGUGCGGAAGCAGAACUACCUCUACAUCCAGGCUCCGCACCAGGGUGGAGAUGCGCGUGGAAACAUGGCGAUUCACAACAUCUUGACAAAGGCAGAGGAGGAGGCGUUGUUUGGGCAAGCAAAGCACAAGCACGCUCUAGAGGUGCUUCUGUGGGCGAUGGAUCAGGCCGAUUCACCGGUGAGGGCGACAGUGCAGUGGUGGGCGGAGUACGUUUCGUUCGACACCCCCUGA